CUGAACUACCUUCUUACAAUGAACUUAAAAGACUUCUUGAGAAAGAAAAGAAACUGGAGUUACAUGCAAUAACGCUAUCCGACUACUGGCGGCAGAACAUCAUACCUCGUGGGCUCCGGAUAAAUAAAUUUCCAUCCUUUGGACAAGAUAACCUUGAAUUUAAACAAAAAUGGGAGUCCGUACUAAAUAAAUGCUCUUUUGACCUGAUGCUAUUACUGAUUGAUGAGGCAAAAAAUCAAAGAGAAGAAAUCAAACAGAAGAUACCGGAAGUAAAACGGAAGUUGUCACUUGUCAACGUGACACAACAACAGAAGGAGGAAGCAGCUAUCACUGAAAGUAAAAUAAACGACGACAUACGUGAGCUGACAAAGACCAUCACAAGUACAAAAAUGAAUAAGUUUCAAAGAGACAAAAAAGAUUAUGAUGAAGGAGCCAUCUAUUCUUGGCAGCGCCGGCACACCCGGGGACCACCGAGACGCGGCCGUACAGUCUCAUUCAGCUUACCGGGCAGCACCACAAGUGAGGACGAGGACCGCUCUGACACAAGUCUGGCUGGUUCUUCUCAUUUUUUAGACAAAACCCGGACACCUCACAGUGGCGCAGGAAGAAAACACGGCGGGGCAGACGGGGGAGGAGGAAAACGACAGCUGAGACCUCGACAGCCCCAUCAAAAUUACCACCACCACCACAAACGGUAAUCAAUAUAUCUAAUGUUCCUCUCCCACCAGACUGUCAAAAACUCCUAUCAAGGGGAUUAUCUUUUGCACCUACUCACAUAACCAAUAGUUUUCAAACUAGAAUAGAGCUCUAUAAAUUCUACCGCAACCUACAUUUAAAAACAUGGUACCACACACACCCCUCGCCCUGUACCACUUCAUCCACGGACCCUUCACAGCCCCUAUCCUACUUUAAACGAAAAUCAACCUUCUUCCCACUGAGUAACAACUCAUGCUUAAACGCAUUUAUGAAGAAAGUCGAUCAUGAUGUCAACUUGAUUCUACAAAAUAACACAGCAACUACGUCAAAUUUGUGCUCAGGUGAAAGACGAGCUAUGGUGUGGCUUAAAAAAGAAGAAGACAUCGUGGUGAGAAGAGCGGAUAAAGGGGGAGCUACAGUAAUAUGGGGAUCGUCUCUACCAACAAACCAAGGGGACUGCCAUGGGGGCUUCAUACGCCCCCAACUAUGCGGGAUUAUUUUUGGGGCUAUGGGAAGAGAGAACAACUUCAAGAAUUUCAUCAAUAUUUAAACAGCACUAAUCCUAACAUCAAACUCAGUUUGGAAUUCAGCAACAAAGAAAUAAACUUCUUGGACCUUCUAAUAUCACUGGAUGAACAAGGCUCAAUACACACAUCUCUGUUCAGAAAAAGUACAGAUCGAAAUACUGUUUUACAUGCUGAAUCCUUCCAUCCUAAGAGUCUCAUUGAAAACAUUCCAUUUGGGCAAUUUCAACGUCUCAAGCGCAUCUGCAACUCUCAAACGGACUUCAAUACCCAAGCUACGGAAAUGCAACAGCGGUUCGUUCAAAGGGGCUACAAAGCAAAGACACUGAGUGGGGCUCUAACACGAGCAAAAACUUUGGACAGAAGAAAUCUUCUCAUAAGGAGACAGCGAGCUCCAUCACAAACAAAAAACAGAAUUUUCUGUACUUUACAGUACAGCAACAUGGCAUACAAAAUCAAAAACGCCAUUACAAAAAACUGGUCCAUACUGGCUUGUGACCCUUCACUGGGCCCCUUGUUCUCUGAGCCCCCCAGGUUUGCCUUUAAAAAAGCCCCCACCCUCAAGGACAAAAUCGUCAAAAACUAUUUGCCAGCAUCAAAACUUGAGACUUUUUUCAAAAAACCCAUUGGCACCUUCAGAUGUGGGGCAUGUGUCCAUUGCACACAGAUCAAUCGUUCUACACAUUUUAUGGACUCUACAUGCACCUACACUUUUAAAUGUCGUUCUUUUGCAAACUGUAAUACAACACAUGUGGUAUACCGACUGGACUGUGUUUGUGGGUGUUUUUACAUUGGUCGCACAAAAAGAAAACUGAAAGAGCGUUUUGCAGAACACAAAUAUGCUAUCCGUAAAGGAAACAUGGAAUAUCCGAUUGCAAAACAUUUCAAGAACAUGACCCACACAAACAUUAAUGAACUCACAAUCAUGGCAAUUGAAGUUAUUGAGAACACUCCCCGAGGGGGUGACAGGUUGAAAAGAUUAUUGCAGAGGGAAACCUUCUGGAUCCACUCUUUGAAAGCAACUGUGUUCCCUGGACUAAAUGAAGAAAUAGACUUUUCUCCGUUUCUGUAAAUAUAUUAAUGUGUUCUGAAUGAUUGUCUUUGAUGAUGAGGGUUUACUCACUGUUUCAUGCCACUGUUUCCUAUUCUACACACAGUGCCUUGCAGUCAGUAAUUUU